AUGCAAGACUGUGGGUCUUUCCUCUCUCUAUGGGGCCAAAUGAAUGUUUCUACUUCCCGGAGAAAUCUGGCUGAACUAUAUACUUCGGUUGCUGAGCGGAUCAUUACGGAUACUUGGGAUCUCCAAUCACAUCCCCGUCAUAUAACUCGCUGCGUCAAUGUGGCAGCAGCCCUGUUCGACAAUCCGCUCAAUGUUGAUUCUCGUGAUUUCAGGGGACAGACAUGCCUUGGGAUAGCUGUGCUUCAUAAUCACCCAGCGAUGGUUUUGUCUCUCAUCGCCCGAGGAGCAAAUGUCAAUAACAGACGCCGCGACGGGCAAACGGUGUGGACUCAGAUU